AUGUUGAGAUUGUUGAGGCUGAUGGCCUGGAGCCUUUUGCGGGGUCUGUUUCUGGCGGCGUUGUCGACCGUCUGCAAAUGUUUGAGCGUGGCUAUUAUGGCAUCGAAGGUGGCUGAUUCGGGCACCUCGUGGUCUCUAUGGAUUCUUAUGGUUGCGGUGGUAUCGUGGGCCGAGCGGACGGUCUGGUCUGGGUCUGUGAAGUCGACCGUUAUUGUUUCUGGAGAAGAGUCGGAGACAGACUCCAAAGAGACCAGCGAGAUAUCUGGUUCGAGCUUCUUGAUGGCUUUUUCGAGAGUUUCGUACUCCUCGAAACAGUUACAGCACACAAGCUCUGCGCACCGCGUGAGAGAAUCCAGUGAGCUCAGAUUGUACAACGGGCGCUCGCACACGACGCAGUAG